CACUACACAGUUAGCUUCUCCUAUCUAUGUGUUGUCGCUCAUUACAUGCUGGACUCUCUGAAGCACAGCAGGAUAUUCCUGUCUUGACCCAGUUAAAGUCUCCUUGUAAGUGCUACUUGGGGAGAUCGCAAGGCGGUGAAUCAGCAAAUCGACUUGGAACCUUGUCAAGUGGCCCAUAAUUGAGCGGAAGCCUGCACGUGAUCCAGAUGUCCAGAAGAGUAGGUCAAUCUUCUCUUUUUUUCUCCACGAGGCUCUGCCACCAGCAAUUGUGCUCUUUGGUGGCUGCAUGUGCUUGUAGAAUAUCAACGUCUUAUAUUAUAAGGCGUUUGCGUGAGGGCCAGGUUACUGGGUUUCUUUCCCAUUUGAUAGCAGAUAAUGGUUUGUCGUUCCAUACUUGGAAGUACCAGGCUUUAAUUUUCGUUUGUACGUUUCAGACACAAUUUGGAUCGCUUUCGCGUGUUUCAAAUCAUAAUUAUCAAUUUCCUAUACUACUAGCUAAGAGACAUUCACAAUUUAGUCUAAACUACCUGCUGCUAUAAUAUGCGCCAUGAAGAUAAGCACGAUACAACAGCUCGCAGAUAAGCAUAUUGGGAUUGGGCAAUUUCAUCUUGGCUGGAUACUUCAC